AUCUGCCUAUUUUGGGUUUGUGUGUGUGUUUUGCGGGGAGGGGGAGCGCGGCGCCUCGUCUUUCCUUUUCCUUCGUUCGUGACGGAAGAAAACGACGGUUGCUGCGGAUGAGAGACGGACCUCAACUCGGCUUCAGGGAAGGACCGCGACUAGGAGCUUGAGACCGGUGGCGGCUUGAGGCGGCGGCGGGCGACUGGUGCCCCCUGCUCGCCUCGGGCCCCUCCCCUGCGAUGGGGAAUGGGUUGUCCGAGCAGACGCCGAUCCUCUCGAGCCUGCCUGCCUUCCAGUGUUUCCACAUCGUGAUUUUGGGGCUGGAUUGCGCCGGAAAGACCACCGUCCUCUACCGGCUGCAGUUCAACGAGUUCGUCAACACCGUCCCCACCAAAGGUUUCAACACCGAGAAGAUCAAGGUGACGCUGGGCAACAACAAGACCGUCACUUUCCACUUCUGGGACGUUGGUGGCCAGGAGAAGCUGCGGCCUCUGUGGAAGUCCUACACACGUUGCACCGACGGCAUCGUCUUCGUGGUGGAUUCCGUGGAUGUGGAAAGGAUGGAAGAAGCCAAAACAGAACUGCACAAAAUCACACGGAUCUCUGAGAACCAAGGGGUGCCUGUGCUCAUCGUGGCAAACAAGCAGGACUUGAGACACUCUCUUUCUCUCUCGGAGAUGGAAAAGAUGUUGGCCACUGGGGAGCUGAGCUCUUCCACUCCCUGGCACCUGCAGCCCACCUGUGCUAUCAUAGGAGAUGGCCUGAAAGAAGGACUCGAGAAACUGCAUGAUAUGAUAAUUAAGCGAAGGAAAAUGCUAAGGCAGCAAAAAAAGAAGAGAUGAGCUUCUGUGACCAUGAAGGGUAAUUCCUUCUUGGCACUUGACUAAAACAGUUUCCAAUGCCUGGUCUGCCUGUUUGGAUCUUGUACAGCCUAACUAAUAAAUACCCAGCCUGGUGGGAAGCUUUGCAGACACAAACCCUUUAUAUGGUUUCCCCAGAAGUUUUCUUUUUGGGGGUGGGGGCACUGCUUCUUUUUUAAAACAAAAGGAAAACAGGCCCCUUGUUACAUAGUACAAAAUGAUCAGGAAACAGAUGGGUGGGUAAAUGUGACCUGGAUAUCUAAAUAGCCAAAUAAAACAAUGAAGAGUGUCCUGCUUGAUGGUGUAGUUAUGUUUGAGAGUGCCUUUGCAAGAAAAUUGCAACUGAGGCAUUCAGUGUUUUUCAACUACUGCUUGUAUAAGUGGAGUGUUUAGAUGAAGAUAUACAGCUUUAAAAUAGUAUCCUUUAACAUAUAUGGAGCUAGUAAACCAUUAUUUAAGGAGGCUGUGAAUGUGGAGGGUUUUUAAAUGAAAGAUUGGCUGUAUGGUAUGCUUUUAAACUGGUUCUCUUAAAAUCUUGGAGCUCAAGUGAGUUGAACUGUGAUAUUCAUGUUAUUUGAAGCUUGAAAGAAGAAAAGAUAUGGAAUAUGUAAGAGCAUGGAUGAGUUUCCUGAUAAUGUAGCAUGCCUUGGUGUGUAGGGGUUCUUUAGAAAUAGCUGUGCAUCGUUAAACAGUGCUAAUCAGGUUUGGACCAUACUUGUUUGUCCUAGGGAGAGAUGUUCUAAGUUUGCUCAAUAGAAAACCCUGGAUAAUUAGACAAAAGCAAACUACUACCACAAGGAACUUGGGUUUCAGGAUUCUUAUAGUGCAAUAUUACCUUUGAAUGAAAUUGAUGGCAAUAAAAUUUGAUCUUAAUUAAGUGUAAAUCAGCAGAAAUGCAUGUCCCAUGUGCCCAGUGCUGGUAAAAUGUACUGCCAGGUCUUUAAAAAAUCUUGCAGUAUUCUUAAGAAUGUAUUGAAGCUUUUUACACUUGAAAAUCUUGACACUGUGGAAAAGCAAGAGUUUAAAGAUGACUUGUGUCUGCUGUAAUUAAGCUUUAAGCUUUCCUUGUUUACAGUCAUUCAAACAGUGUUAAACAAGUGUGUUGGACUGCAUAUGAUAGAGAGGAAUUUUUCUUACUGGUACAGCUUUUUAUGGGCAAAUUGGGUAGCAGGUUAAAGGGCUAAACUAAAGCCUGUAUUACUCUACUGGUGCUGCAAAACAUUUUAAUAAUUCCAUUGGAAAAUGAGAGAGAAUAGCUUAAAAGGAGCAAGACUUUUCCUCCCCUUGGCACAACCAACGAAGUUAGUGUGUCCUCUUACCUACUAGCCAGAAAUAGGGAGGGAUAACUACAAUUUUGAAUGUCAGGAAAUAUAACUUGUAUAAAAUCAAAUUUUAUAGCCGGAAACUGCUUAGAAGGUAACCAAAAAUGCACUUUAGUGUUUUCCAAUACUGAAAGUGACAGCUUUUUUUUGAAAAAUUAAUGAAAUCCUGGUCCUUUUUGAAAGAAUUGAAGUAGCUUCCAAUGGAGCUUUUGUACGUUGGUUAUAUGUACCUGCACUAGUGGCACUAAAAGUCACUUAAUGUCUAUAUUUAUAGAAAUGUGGAUAACUUCUUAAACCUCAAUAAACUCAACUCCAAAUGAGUAAUUGGCGACAGAAGUUGACAACAUUUUGCUGUGCGGAUCUUGCUUUUUAUCAGAACUGUCUGCAUGAAACUGAACCCUUUAUUCAUGUGAGAUUUGUAAAAUGUGACCAUGUUUAAAAAUCACAGGUAUCUCAUUAAAGAUUUAAUGGCAA